AUUAGUAAUGGUUCUAAUCAUGCGCUCAGCUUUUCCAUUCUGAGAUGAGGUAUGGGGACAUGAAAAUCGAAAAACUAAUACUUUAAAUGUGUCGUUGUCAAAUUCCCUCCCAUGAUCACUUUGAAAAUCUUUUAUUGGUCUUUCAAAUUCAGUUAUGACAUAUUGCCUAAAAUCCAUAAAGGAUUGAAAAUCCUGAGAUUUAUAUUGAAGGGGUAUAGUCCACAUAAAAUGGGUAAAAUCAUUUAAUAAUACCAAAUAAUAUUUGUGGCCCUUAGUGCUACGAAUAGGAGAGGUCCACAAAUCAGCAUGAAUAAUUUCAAUAGCAGUAGAAGUAGUGCUAUUAGAAUCAUAAAACGGCAAACGCACAUGUUUCCCCAAUUGGCAAGAAGGGAAAAAACUAGAGUCAUGCUCUUUAUUACAAACUAUGAAAUUUUUAGUUUUAAGAAAAUUUAUAGCUGGAUUUCCCGGAUGUCCUAGACGAUCAUGCCAGGUAGCAUAUGAUGUGACGACGGUGGCUAAGCAGGCGGAUGGUGAGGUGGUGGUUACAGGAUACAAGUCCCCCGAACUAUUACAUCUCGAUAUAAUACUCCCCGUACAAAGGUCCUUCACAGAAAAACCAUUCAGGUCAAACUCAAUAGACACAGAAUUAUCAGUUGUAAAUUUACGGACCAAAAUUAAGUUCUUUAUUAUUUGAGGGGCAAGGAGAACAUCACGAAGUAAUAAUGGUGGUUUGGGGUGAGGCAAAGUAUUAUGACCAUAACCCGUUACUGGAAUGCGAUUACCAUUACCUUAUGAUUAUUAGUGCUUAAAUUAAAUAGGGGCAUGAGAGUACCCGCGUUGUUGGUCAUGUGAGAUGUCACACUCGAGUCCACAUACCAUGAAUUAUCCUGUGGAAGCGUCAUCGUAAAAAAGGAAUUACCCAAAUUUGUGGCAGUCAUAGACGACCCAUAUUUAGUUGGGUAGGCCUGGUAGUGUUGGGUGGGCCGCGGAGGUGGGCCAAGGUGAUAUUGGGCAUGUGGAGCUGCUUCCCUAUAAUGCACUGCUUGUUGCUGCUGUUGAGGAUAAGGGAAACGGGUUGCUGGCCAAUUUUGGAACUGGGCCUAAGCUGGAGCAGGCUGCUUUGGGCCGGCCCAUUGUGUUGUGGCCUAGGCAGGCUGUUGUGUGGGAUGGGGAUGUUGUGGAUGUGGCUGAUUGUUGUUGCCAUUUCCACGGCCACGACCCCUACCCCGUCCACGCCCGCGACCACGGCCUCCCCAUCCGCCACGACCAGGCUGGCAGCUGGUUAGUGUUGUGGUGGGGCCGCGGCUGGGAGUAGCUGAUGAUGUUGCACGACAAAUCGCUUGGGCAUGGCCACCUUGAUCAUUUGCACGUCGGUCAUGCUCGAAUAGUAGGUGUGACCGUGCAUUCUAAAAAAUCGGAAGAGGGUUCGAUUGUUGAAUCAUAGCAGCUACAGUAUCAUAAUCGGUACCAACCAAACCUGCAACAAGACGUAAGACCAAUUUUUGUUCUGACACGGGUUGAUCAAUAUUAGCUAAUUGAUCACUUAUAGUCUUUAAUUGCAAACAAUAAGAAUUAAUGUCAGAAAAAUCAUUCAAGUGGACAGAGUUAAACUGAUUUUCAAGAUAUACGACCCUUGUAUGUUUGUUAUCUUGAAAUAUGGCCUUGAUUUUAUUCCAGAUCUGUUGUGCCGUAUCUCCCCUGCAAAGAAUCGUAUGAAGAAGAUCAAUAGAGAUUGUCCCAUAGAUCCACUGUUUUACAAUAGAGUCGAGCCGCUUCCACAUAGGCUCAGAUACAUCAGUAGGACGCGGAGUAGUGGGAUCUAUGUGAUCAAGAACGUUGAAAGCAUGAGCGUGACACUCGAAUAAUUCAACCCAAUUUGAAUAUUGCACCUUUUCCCGAUCAAGAAUUAAAGGCAUAGCGUUCUUGAUAUUAUUUACCGAAAGAGCCGAGUGAAAUUCCGUUGACGAAGGAGGCGUGAGGUCUUCGUUGUCUUUUGUCAUGCUGCGGCGUGAUUAUGAUGGAUUUUUUGGUGUAAUUAAUGUGACCAAAGUCUAGAACUGUAACUUAUUUUGUGGCAGUGGGAACACUGACGCAAGAAAUUAAUGGUGUAGAGAACCAGUAAUUGAGCGGUAGCAAUGAAAUUAAUGGCGAAACAAAUUUCCAAGAUCGAAAAUAAUAUUUGUGGAAGCUAGAUCUACAAUCUAAGCUGUGAUACCAUGUUAGAUAUUGUGAAACUCCGUGAAUUGGAGUAUUGUCAUUGAUCAAAUAUAUAUAGUGGGUUAGAACAUUAGUCCGGAUUGGAUUAGGAAACUUAAUACGACUAGAAGUCUAUUAUACAUAAAAUAUCCUAAGAGAUUCUAUCUCUAUCACAGAUCCCUUUGAAAAAUAAUACUCCCUUCAUUUCUAAAUGAAUGUAUCAUUUAGAUUUCUGAUCGAAUUAUACUGAUUUUGGCUUAUGCUUUUACUAAUAAAUAUAUAAAAAAGUACUACAUAUAUACUACAUAUAUAUACUAGUCUUUGUACGGGAAUACAGUUAAACAUAAUAACAUGUGCGGAACAAUCCCCAAAGCCAGGAAACAUGUAUAAAGCACAGAUUAAGCAAACUUACAUUCGAAGCGUGUUUUCCACAAUAAUCUGUCAACGAAAACGAACAAAGAACUCACUGAUCGGAAGCAUUUCUCCAGCUAGCUGUUCCGAUCACUUGAUCUCACUGAAUUAAUUGUUCGUAAUUAAUCUGAACCUUGGUAUUAGACUUAAUGCACCUUGGGUGAAGGACAUAUUUCCUUCAGUCUUAUAUGCACACGACUGACAGGCUAAAGUCGUAUCACCUAGUCAAAGAUAAACCUAAGUCCACUAACAAGAUAGCAAGGGAAGUAGGGAUCGUAUCCACAGGGAAACAUGCGUUCUUUCUACUAUUAAUCAACUAAUCUAGACUAUUGGGAAACAAGAGUUGGUUGGUUUGUAUGCUAAGACUACGAAAAUAAUUAAACAAUUAAGAAUGAAGAUAUUAAAGAAUCUAGGGCAUAGGUUCACCAACAAAUAACAAUCCAGGAUGAUAAACAAUCGGCAUUAAUCAAUAAAGCAAUUAAUUAGACUAGCAUGCUCUCUCGAAUCGAUACUAAUCAUAGACUUAGAAUUAACGGACUCUCGCUACGUAUUAAUCCUAAUUCCACCUAUUGACACAAGCCUUAAUAUCAAAUUGCAUCUCUCGAAUCUUAACCUGAUAUUGCAUGACUAUCACAAUUAAACCUGCGCAAAUCUAAUUGCAUAGUGAAAUAAACCAAUCAAUAGGAAUCAAUCACAAUACCAACAAUCAACAUUAUUCAAUCAUCCCUUCAUAAAUAUUCAUGGAUCCCCAAACCCUAGAUAUUAGACUACUCACACAUAAUAAAGAUAGCUAAAACAAUAUUAAUCAAUGGAGACAUAAUUAGAAUAAUUGAUAAAGCAAGUAAGAGCAAUGAAAUUGAAUAAACAAACUUUAGAUUGAAAUAGUACCUAAAUGAAGAACAGAGGAAGAACUCAAAAGUUGGAGAUUUUAAUUAAAAUAAUAAAACUAAGUGUUGAGAAAUUGAGAGAAAACUAAGAUAAAACUAAGUGCUAAUACUAGAAUGAAAGAUGUCUUCUAAAAAUAAAAGGGCUAGUAUUUAUAGUUUGCCCAAAUAACAAGCCAAAAACCAUAAUUAAAAUAUGCGCAAAAGCAGCAGGGGUUGGCGUCGCCCAAUCGGGCAGAGCUUCGCCCGAUCGGGCGAAGUGCUCGAUAGUCGGCCCGAUCGGGCCAAAAUCCACCCGAUCGGGCGGUUGCGAAAAGUCCACAGCAGUAAUGUAGGGGGUUUUAUUUUUCCGUUUCCUACAAGGGGGGUUGGCACGCGGCGGUUCAUUUAGAGAACCGUUGAAUUAUUUUUGCACCUCGAAGGAGUCGCCACCAAACUAUAUUUUAGGUCCCGUUUGGGAAGACCGCAAAAUGACUCUAUUUUUGGAUAAGGCCUUGAAUCCUUGAAACGGAUGGGUGAGAUCCGGGCUCGGGAACGAAAAUGCUUAUUCGGCGAGCUUUAGAAAUAUUCAAGUACGUUGGCACAACAUUGUUUCGAAAAUACACCCUAGAUUAGACUAUGUGGGUUUGAAUUUAGAGAAAAUAGAAUUUCUAAUUGUAUGGUGGUCACUUUGCUUUAAAGAUUAAUUUAAGAAACCUUAGGCCGGUUUGUCCAAGAAAUUAUCUUUGUUCAGUGUGAUGUAACCUUUGUAGUUUGUUGUAUUAAGCAUGUUGGUGAUGAAAGCAAUAAAGCAAAUAAAGCAACAUCACAAUACUAAAUAAAAUGCGGAAUUAGUAAAUACAAGACCCCCUAGAAAUGGACUAGGGAGUAGGUCCACAUUGCCUAGAAAUGGACUAGGCAAGUAAAGGAGUGGAAUUGAAAGUGCGGAAUUGAAAUUGCGGAAUUGAAAGUGCAUAAUUGAAAUUGCGGAAUUGAAAGUGCGGUAUUGAAGGUGCGGUAUUGAAAUUGCGAUAUUGAAAUGGCAUAAUUGAAAGUGCGAUAUUGAAAUAUAUUGCAAAAUUGAAACUUGUGACGGUGACGGUGCUUGUGGAUGCUAUCUGUGGUGAGGGUGUGUCCGCGGAGCAGAGGGUUAGGCUCUUCCUCCUUGUCUUGGUUAGCAGAGUGAUUGCCCCGAGUAGGAACAGUCAGGUGCAUAUUAGCUUCUUGUCCGCUCUGAGGGACUUGAGAGCUGUCUCGAGUUAUAACUGGGAUGGUUUGGCAUAUAGCCACCUCUUGUAUGAAAUGGGGCAGGCCUCCCGGACUGCACUGGGGAGUGACCCGAGCAUGGCUGCUCUGUGGAGCGUGCUGGAGAUUUGGAUCUAUGAGCACUUUCCGACUUUGGCGUCGGAGCGUACUAGAGAUGCGGCUUACCCGUAUGCUGCCUCUUGGAUAGGAGCGGUGCGCGUGGGUGCGUCCCUGGCGGCUUCUCGCAGAGCUUGGAGAGUUUUACCUGCUGAUAGGGUGGUAUGGCGUCCUUUUGCCAACGCGGUUGUACCUACCUCAGCUGCUUGUGCCCAUUUCCUGUCUGGGCGGCGGGUUUUGCUUCCAGGGGUGUACCGCCAUAUGUGGUAUCUAGGGGAGCGGGUGUCCCUUCAGCAUCAUCCGGGGGAUAGGCUUGUCCCCAAGGAUCCACUGGAGUCCAUGCUGGCUCUAGAUGAAGAUCUUUCCCGGCUCUAUGCGGAGGCUAGGGGCGAUGCGGUUUGCCGCUCUUGGAGGGAGUUUGUGCACAAGAAGGGUAGCUAUGAUGAAUUCUUGAGGAGGUUGGCUCCACCAGUACGCUUUGUACUGCCGGAGGAGGAGGUUGAUCCUGAGGACAUUCCUCAUGCUGAUAGGAUCCUCCGCUAUGAGAACUCGGACGGGGAAGAGGUGGUGGAGACCAUCCCUUUGACUUCUCCUCCGCACCGGAAAUCAUAUGAUGCUGUACCUGAGCAUUACGCCCCUGCGCCUCGGGUGAGAGUGCGUCGCUGGAUGCUCUUGCUUGAUUCUUGGAAGAGGCAGUGUGCCAAACUGACCCGGAAGCUUGCUGGCCGGAACAGAGAGGAACGCCGUCGAGACCAUGGAGGUUCCUUUGACAGAGAGCCCCAGGUGGAGACGUCCUUGAGGCAGGAAGGACCGAGUUUGGAGCUGGGACAAGGGUCUUGUGCUAGUCCUCAUCAGAGGCAUUCUGAUGCUGAGCGAGGAGCUUCCCCUUUUGCACAUGUUGAUCCCACCAGGCAUUCAUUUGGGGGUGCUGGCAGUUCGAGGCCCUUUGUUCCUCCUCCCGGUUGCUACUUCGGAGGGAGUGGUCCUCAGCCUUGGGGUGCCGAUUCAUGGGCUUACUGGUCGGAGAUGGAUAGGAUGCGCUAGGCUCAGAUGUUUGGGCCAUACCAGUACAUGGCGAUGUCGCCGCCUUAUCAGUAUUCCUCUUCUCAGCAGGGAGUCCAUCCCUCUCCCGGCACACUUCGUAUCUCGGAGCAGGAUCCUAGUACCCCUGGGACGGAGUUGGAUCAAGAGCUGGAGCGUCUUAGGAGGCGGAAUAGGGACAAGGCGCCUGUGAUUGAGGUCGCUGUCGAUGAUGAUUCAGACUGACCCUGCAUGGUAGCGAGUUCCAGCUUGCCUGGGUUGAUUUUGUAUAGGCUGGGUUGUAUUGUAUUUGUAUGGAUUGAAAACUUGAAAUUUUUUGUAUGGUUGUAUUAGCUUUGA